UUUUCCUUUGGGCUGAUCAUCCAGCAGGUGUUUGACAAUGGCAGCAUCUACAACCCGGAAGUGCUUGACAUCACAGUGGAAGCUCUGCACACUCGCUUCCUGGAGGGGGUCCGCAAUGUUGCCAGUGUGUGCCUGCAGAUUGGCUACCCAACUGUCGCCUCUGUGCCCCAUUCGAUCAUCAAUGGGUACAAGCAGGUCUUGACUUUGUCUGUGGAGACUGAGUACAGCUUCCCAUUGGCUGAAAAGGUCAAGGGUUUCUUGGCUGAUCCAUCUGCAUUUGUGGCCGCUGCCCCUGUGGCUGCCGCCUCCACUGCUGCUGCCCCUGCUGCUUCGGCCCCUUCCAAACAAGAAGCAAAGGAGGAAUCGGAAGAGUCGGACGAGGACAUGGGAUUUGGUCUCUUUGACUAGUCACCAAAAAGCAACCAAAGCAGCCAGCUUUAUUUGUGAAACAAGGAAAUAAAAAGGCUUAGUUCUCUG